CUCCGCCCCUCCGCCCCUCCGCCCCUCGGCGCCCCGCCGGCCGCCGCUCGCGCCGGGGCCAUGGGGCUGCCGACCCUGGAGUUCAGCGACUCCUACCUGGACAGCCCGGACUUCAGGGAGCGCCUGCAGUGUCACGAGAUCGAGCUGGAGCGGACCAACAAGUUCAUCAAAGAGCUCAUUAAGGACGGCUCCCUGCUCAUCGGGGCGCUGAGGAAUCUGUCUAUGGCCGUACAGAAAUUUUCCCAGUCACUGCAAGAUUUCCAAUUUGAAUGUAUUGGUGAUGCUGAAACAGAUGAUGAAAUUAGUAUUGCUCAGUCACUAAAAGAAUUUGCAAGAUUACUCAUUGCAGUAGAAGAAGAAAGGAGGAGACUGAUUCAAAACGCAAAUGAUGUAUUAAUUGCUCCACUUGAGAAAUUUCGCAAAGAACAGAUAGGUGCAGCAAAAGAUGGAAAGAAGAAGUUUGACAAGGAGAGUGAAAAGUACUAUUCUAUUCUUGAUAAACAUUUAAAUUUGUCUGCAAAGAAAAAGGAAUCUCAUUUGCAAGAGGCAGAUAUACAGGUUGACCGAGAACAUCAAAAUUUUUAUGAAGCAUCACUAGAAUAUGUCUUUAAAAUUCAAGAGGUUCAAGAAAAAAAGAAGUUUGAAUUUGUUGAACCGCUUUUGUCAUUCCUUCAGGGUUUAUUUACUUUUUACCAUGAGGGAUAUGAACUCGCCCAGGAAUUUGCACCAUAUAAGCAACAGCUUCAGUUCAACUUGCAGAAUACAAGGAAUAAUUUUGAAAGUACUCGACAAGAGGUAGAGCGGUUGAUGCAAAGAAUGAAAUCUGCCAACCAGGAUUACAGACCACCCAGCCAGUGGACAAUGGAAGGCUACCUUUAUGUCCAGGAGAAACGACCACUUGGUUUUACAUGGAUUAAACAUUAUUGUACAUACGAUAAGGGAAGUAAAACAUUUACAAUGAGUGUUUCAGAAAUGAAAUCCAGUGGGAAAAUGAAUGGCCUCGUUACUGGUUCACCAGAAAUGUUUAAAUUGAAAUCUUGUAUCCGACGAAAGACAGAUUCAAUUGACAAACGAUUCUGCUUUGACAUAGAAGUAGUUGAAAGGCAUGGAAUCAUCACAUUGCAGGCAUUCUCAGAAGCUAAUCGGAAACUCUGGCUUGAAGCCAUGGAUGGGAAAGAACCGAUUUACACCCUGCCUGCCAUUAUUAGCAAGAAAGAAGAAAUGUACUUAAAUGAAGCAGGGUUCAACUUUGUAAGAAAAUGCAUUCAAGCUGUGGAAACAAGAGGCAUCACUGUUUUAGGACUCUACCGGAUAGGAGGAGUAAACUCCAAAGUUCAGAAACUCAUGAACACAACAUUUUCUCCAAAAUCCCCUCCUGAUAUUGACAUUGAUAUUGAAUUGUGGGAUAAUAAGACGAUAACAAGUGGGCUGAAAAACUACCUCAGGUGCCUUGCAGAACCACUGAUGACUUACAAAUUACACAAAGAUUUUAUUGUUGCAGUGAAAUCCGAUGACCAAAACUACCGGGUGGAAGCUGUACAUGCAUUGGUGCACAAAUUGCCAGAAAAAAACAGAGAGAUGCUGGACAUCUUAAUAAAGCACCUCGUAAAAGUAUCUCUACACAGCCAACAAAAUCUCAUGACUGUCUCAAACCUUGGUGUCAUAUUUGGCCCAACUCUAAUGAGAGCUCAAGAAGAAACUGUGGCUGCCAUGAUGAAUAUUAAAUUUCAGAAUAUUGUAGUUGAAAUUCUGAUUGAGCACUAUGAAAAGAUUUUUCAUACUGCCCCAGACCCAAGUAUUCCUCUUCCUCAGCCUCAGUCUCGAUCUGGAUCCCGAAGGACUCGCGCAAUCUGCCUCUCCACAGGUUCCCGGAAGCCCAGAGGCAGGUAUACACCGUGCUUGGCAGAGCCUGAUAGUGACUCUUACAGCAGCAGCCCAGACAGCACACCCAUGGGGAGCAUUGAGUCUCUGUCCUCUCACUCCUCUGAACAAAACAGCACAACCAAGUCUGCCUCCUGCCAGCCCAGGGAGAAAUCUGGAGGGAUUCCUUGGAUCGUAUCCCCAUCACCUUCCAAUGGACAGAAAAGUCUCGGAAUUUGGGCAACUAGUCCUGAAUCAAGUUCUAAAGAAGAUGCGACCAAAACGGAUGCAGAAUCAGAUUGCCAGAGUGUUGCCUCCAUCACCAGCCCAGGGGAUGUUUACCCACCCAUAGACCUGGUCAUGAAAGGGCCUUAUGGGCUCUCAGGACUGAAAAGAGCCUCAGCAUCCUCUCUUAGGUCCAUCUCUGCGGCUGAAGGAAAUAAGAGCUACGGUGGAUCCAUUCAAAGCUUAACUUCUGUAGGUUUCAAAGAGAUGCCCAAAGCGCCAUCAAACCCAGACUUGCCUCCAAAAAUGUGCAGGAGGUUAAGGCUAGACACUGCCUCAAGCAAUGGCUACCAGCGACCUGGCUCUGUUGUGGCAGCAAAAGCCCAACUGUUUGAAAAUGCUGGUUCACUUAAGCUGAUUUCUUCUGGGCGCCAAGCCAAAGCCAUGUACUCAUGUAAAGCAGAGCACAGCCAUGAGCUUUCCUUCCCACAAGGGGCGAUAUUUUCUAAUGUGUACCCAUCAGUGGAACCAGGAUGGUUGAAAGCAACUUAUGAAGGCAAAACAGGACUAGUUCCAGAAAAUUAUGUUGUCUUCCUCUAAUACUGUUUAGUGGAUGGCAGUAUCUUCAUGGUAUCCAUGGUAACAAUAAUAAGUGCUAUGAUUUUAUCUGACACAGAUAUGGGAAUCAGCCCGCUAAAUGAAAACUAAAUUUCUAUCAGGUUUCUACACCAGCAGACUAUGUAGCUCCCUAUACAUGGAAAAGAAAAAAAAAUGCUUAAAUUGCUUGCCAGCCAUUCUUUUUAUUUUUUACUUCUUGACUGGUUUCUUAUUUUAAAAUCUUUCCUCCCCUGUUUUUUCUGAUAAGUAAAUCUGUACAUUGUCUCUUCUAUAAUAAUCAUAGAAUCUCAAACACUAUAUGAAGUACUAUAUCCCAGAAAUUGGGAAACUAGAAAUUUGCUAUAAGGAUUUUUAGAUCUGUCCUUUACUGUCUGGCAUUUUCUGAGGAACCUUGAAAUCAUGACUUAAAAAUGUGAUUUAAUUUGUUCAUUUAUUAUUUUUUCUUAAGAAUUUACGUCUUUUAUAUAAGAUUGUUUGGUCCUAAACAUUUCAAACAAUAAGUUUUUUUCACACAACUUUAUUUUUAUUUGUUUACCAAGUAGAUGAUGAUAUUCAGAAGGAAUAAUGUAUAUGAUGUCUAUAAAUGAAGCCAAAUUGAGUCAUACACUGAUUUCAAUAUAAACACUCCAUUCAGUAUUCCAGAUGCCUUCUCUGGGCAUAGCAGGAAUCAGCAGAUUAUUUCUGUCAAAGCCUGACAAUGAAUAUGUGGGUAUUUUGCGUUCCCCUAAAGAUCUUCACCACGAUACCCAACACUACCUUUACAGCAGAAAGUACCCAUAGACCAUGAAUAAGCAAAUUAACAUGGCUUAGUGCCAAUACAACUUAUUUAUGGAUCCUAUAAUUUGAAAAUCAAAAGUCUAUGUGUCCCAGCAUGUCAUCCUUCUGUAAAUUAUUAAAAUCAAUUUUAAAAUAAAAAUAUUUUAGCGGAUGGGCAAACCUGGCAAGCAAGAUUUAAUUCCUGGGUCUUGGUUUGCUGACGCCUGGUUUAGGGAAUGUGUAAAACUAUCUUUAUUAUUUUGGGAUUUUAUGAAAUUUUACUACAUUAACAUAUAAAUACUGAUAAGUCAUAUGCACAUAUCAUCUGCUAGUGGGAUUAUAGUGGCAUCACAAAAUACAACUACAAUAAUAGGAAAACAGUGUAAAAAAUGCAGUUUUAAGGCAUGCAGCCUGAAUUCUACUUGUAACACUGUAAAGUGUUAACAUAUUUUAUUGAUACCUAAUUUUGGCUUUUGAGAAAUUCUUGUACAAAUGAUAAAGUUGUUUUUUAAAGACACAAGUGGAGAAGCCAUGCCUUUUAACUUCUAUGCUUGUGAUAGAAACCAAACAUAAAGAAGAUACAGGAUUCUUAAAUUUUAAACCACAGAUUUUAAAAUUGUUUAACCAUCUUUAGCAGGAAUAAAAUCUGUACAUGAUUUUCUUUUAUACCUUUCAAUUUACAGCCUUUAUUAAGAAUUUCACUGAACUUAUAGAGCAUAGAAAUAAGUAUUCACUAUCCAUUUAAAUAUAUCAUCAACAUCUGGUCAUGCAUCAACCAUUAUUUAUAUUCCAAUUAUUCUAAUAUAGUAUUUCGAUAAAUACCUGCAUGUGGCAAAGAGUCUUUCUUCUCAAGAUUCCAAAAAGCUGGUUACUCUGCCACCAUACUGGUCCACUAGGCCAUGAUAUUUUACUUGUUACUUCAGAGUUCUUCACUGUACGGAUACUCAGGUACUGACUUGCACAAACCUCUUGUUAUGUGAUAAUAUAAUCUGUAGUUUCAAUCUCUUCCACUUUAAAUGAAUGUUUCUAGAGUUCACAGGUUAAAUUAUAUGUGCAUGCAUAUACACACAACUGUGCCUUGCCUUUUAGAUUUGCUUUUAAAAUUAAAAAUGGAAUACUGGAUUAGAACUUAAAAAGAAUAACAGUAGAUAGAGUCAAACCAGAAAUAAAUACCAGUGCAUUGAAAUAAAGGAAUGAAAAAUAUUUAACGUUGUAAAAAUUAGUAAUAAAAUGAAAAAAAUCUGAGAAAUUUUAUUUUUUUACCUUCUGAUAUUGAACUUUGUAUACUUUAUAAUCAGGUGUUGCUAGAGCUUUUUGGUCUCUAGAUCUUUGGUAGCCCUUACUAGUAAUAAUAGCAUUGCUGACACCCUGACUACCCUCUGCUGGAACAGAAGGUCAUUUUUCCAGUGUACCAGUCCCUUAGUUUAUAUGACACCAUCUUUUAAACACCCUUGCCAUCAUCUGGCAUUCUACUAGAUUAGAACCUCUUAAUGGCAAAUUGAUUUUCUUCCAAAGACCAACUUGACUCCAAAGAAAGAUUCAGAAUUCUACUUCAGGAGCUGCAUAGAGAAAUUUCAACCUUCAUUUUAUUUUCACACAGCCCAGAGUGUUCCUUCCUCUAAGUUAUCUGAGAGCUAAUUCCAUUGUGAUCAGUGAGGAGUUAAAGGUUUUACUGUAUAAGACGUGGAUGUGAAGCCCUCAUUUCUCAUAGUGAGGCACUUAUUGUGGUAUUACUUAGUAUGGUCCUUUUUCUGAAACAAAAGUAUAAGUGCUUGUUUGAAUUGUACUUCCUUUUGCAAUUUUAACAUUUAUGGGAAUGGUCCUUUUUCUUCAUAUUGAUUACAUGUGUAAGCAAGUUAUGGCCAUAAACUGCAGACAGACUAAAGCUGCUUUUCCUUAGAAAUAAGUUUCCUACAGAUAAGGUAGUUAUGAGCAUUGAGAAAAUCAAGACGUGCUCUAAAUUACAUGGUACAUAAAUUACACUAGAUAAUGGCAGUCAUUGAAACAAGAUCACAUUAAAAAUUGUAACCACAUUUCAAUAAUGAAACCUUAGCUUUUCAGGGGCAAUAUGAAGAUAUGUUACAUCCACACCUUCAGAAUGCACAGUGUGGACACUCUAAAUACUACUUAUGGUAUACUCAGUAUGAGGGAGAGAUUGAUAAAUCUAAGCUAGUCAUCCUGUGUACUAUGUGAAAAUAUCCCUAAGUACAGUACACUUACAUAUUUAAAAGGUGCCUCUUUUGUUAUGCCAUAACUCUACCAAGUUUAUAGAAACUAGUCAGUUAACUGAAGGUUUUUCUUGUGCUAUGUGUAAAUGUCUGAAAAGUAAAACAAUCUUUGUAUUCCUGUGAAGACCAUGAAGUAUGAGGAAGUGCCAUUUCUUCUUAUUUGAUUUGAGUGGUUUGGGUAGUUGUAUUGGCUCUCUGUGCUUUGUAAUGUGAAUGAGUGCAACCAAAUUUCUCAACAAUGGCUUCUUAGCUAGCUCUUUCAGGGGUGGUGGAGAAAAAGAUAUAUACUUUAUAAUCUCAAACUAUCCAAGUUCCCAAGUAGGAAAAAUAAAGAUAGAUAAUGGCUUAUUCCUAUUCUAUAAUAAUUGGUUUUACAUAUUAUGGCACACCCUUUAAAAACCCACCAGUUUAAAAAAAAAAUCCACUAGGUUGUAAGGAAAAAAAGUCUAGCAACGUAAUCCUAUGGUGAUAACCUCAUUCACCCUAUUAUUCCCAGCCUCAUUCUUCAGGUCUAUGUCUAUUUCUGAUAUGAGAAGGAUAUCACUUAUAGAUGCUGGUGUAGAAGAGUUUUUUCAAACAACUGUAUUUGUAGUAUACCCCUCAGUUAUGUAUUCAGGAUGUCUUAAUUAGCAUUUAGAACUCCAACUUGAAUUAAACUUUUUUGACUUACUGAGUCAAGUAAGUCGGUAAGACCAUUUACAGUCAGAUUUUGUUCUUUGUUUUUACAAUACCUUUGUAAUUUGCAGCCGUUACUAUGUAUGACCUAAUAACAUCACUGAGUAGAGCUCCAAAUCUUGGUAAAAAGAAAAAAACAAGAGACUUUACUAUUGUCCAGAAGUUAUUCUGCACCUGACUAAAGGUUUCCCGUUAUGGUAGAAAUCGCUAUUUACUUUUGGUUCCAGUCUUUUUUGGUUACCUUCCAAAAUCAAAACAUGUUUUACAAAGUAAGUUAAACUUCCUGAAUAGUCUAUAUCCCACCUGUCUCCUGUUGAUCUAUAAACUUACUGCCAGGUAUUUAUCAACUAGUCUUAGUUGAUAUAUUCACUGUAUCCUUCUGUUGCCACCAAAAUCUCCUUGCUUCAAAUGUGCAAGUUCUACUUGGUAGUAAUCUUAGGUGAACUCUGGCUAAUAAGUGACAUGUACUUGUAAAGGGUCAAAUCAAUAAAUAAGAUUUUUCAUUUUUUUAUGGCAGCUACAUCCACUACUUUAAAUAAGGAAUUUCAAAUAAGAAUGUUGACAGUGCUCACAGUGAACCAUUGGCAGAAGACUGAUCUGAGUAUGCUAGAUCAGUGUUUAGAAGCUGUUGUAUUGGUUAGGGAGCCCGAUAGGUCAUCCCUUCCUCUCUGACCCUCAAGACAGAUGCCAGGUUCAGAGGUUGAACAUUUCUUGGUGCUAGAGGGAGAAAUGGGGUCUCUGUGUUUACUCAGGAGCCCCAAAAGGCAGGGGUCACUUAUAGUUAUUACAAACAUAAAUAUCCUUCAACAUCCAAGAUGUUUAUGUACAGGGCUAUGAUAGGAAUUUAAGUGAUGGAGGGAGGUGGAGACCAAAAGUGCUGAUACCACCUCAUUAGAUGAUCAUUUUCUCCCCUUUGUACCAUCUACCAUCUCUUAGCAGUGUUUCCUUUGGUCUUUACCCUUCCAGGGUUGAGAGUAGCCUAAUUUUGCCUUGAAUCCAUUCAGUUUCUUAGAUUAAAAGUGUUCAUUGUUUUAUACGUGGUAGCAUGUUAGAACUUUUAUAUAUGGCUUUGCAUCUUCAUUUACCUUUUUACAGAGAAUACUGCCUGCACAUGAUUUAUGCUUAAAAUCUGAGAUAUCACCACAUUGAGGGCUGUGACUUCGAGAAGAGCUGAAGCCUUUACAACUAAAUAGGGAGUUUGGCAGGGAAGAUGACUUUUUUUUAAAAAAUUCAGAAUCCUAUUUAUAUACUGUUAAAAUUUGAAGUACUAUAGUUUAUGUUAAAAUUGAAUAUUUAGAUACUAUAUUUCAGUACUAGAAAUUUUUUGUAGCCACUAACAUGACAGAUUAAUAAAUAUGGUGAAAAUGAUUGUCAGUAAAUUAUCAUAUUGAAUUGUUUGUAGUGUUUCUGUAUUUGUCUUCACUUUGUGUAUAUAUACACACAUAUAUAAAACAUGUAAAUAACCUUAUGUUAUUCCUAAUCUCAAUUGCCACAAUAUCUUUAAUGUAUGUUGACACUGUAUUUGAAAUUACUUAAAAAAAAUAAACGAUGUAGACACAUUUUAA